UACGAUAUAAAAAGAAGUUUGGCUAGCCAGCCAAAUCUUAUUAACCAAACCAAAUUUCCAGCUGAUUUUCUGUAUUCUUGUACUACUAACUCACAACACACACACCAUUUCUCUCUCUCUGCUAAACAUCCAAAUAUCAUAACCACAAUUUUCGCACCAUACAAUUUACUCUUCUUCUUCUUGUUAUUAUUAUUAUUAUAAUUAUAUUAUAUAGUUUUAUAAUCAGCUGGCCCUGAUCAAAUUAAAAAAAAAAAAAGAUUUUUUUUCGACGAUUUUAUCUGAUGGAGAGUACGGAUUCAUCAAGUGGCUCUCAUCAACAACCUCAAUUGCCACCCGGUUUUCGAUUUCACCCUACUGAUGAAGAACUUGUUGUUCAUUAUCUUAAGAAAAAAAUUGCCUCUGUUCCACUUCCUGUUUCUAUUAUUGCUGAAGUUGAUCUUUAUAAAUUUGAUCCUUGGGAACUUCCUGCUAAAGCGACGUUUGGAGAACAAGAAUGGUACUUCUUUAGUCCAAGAGAUAGAAAGUAUCCAAACGGGGCGAGGCCAAAUAGGGCUGCAACAUCUGGUUAUUGGAAAGCUACCGGAACCGACAAGCCGGUGCUCACCGCCGGUGGGACUCAAAAAGUUGGUGUCAAAAAAGCAUUGGUUUUUUAUGGUGGCAAACCACCAAAAGGGGUGAAAUCAAAUUGGAUCAUGCAUGAAUAUAGACUUGCUGAAAAUAAAGCAAAUAAUAAACCCCCUGGUUGUGACCUUGCCAAUAAAAAAUCAUUAAGGCUAGAUGAUUGGGUUUUAUGUAGGAUUUACAAGAAGAGCAAUACACAAAGGCCAAUUGAUCAUGAGAGGGAUGAUUUGAAUAUUGAUAUGAUGAUGGGAUCAUCAUCAUCAAUUAAUCCAUCAUGCAUAGCAAAUAAUUCAAUGUCAUUGCCAAAUUUAUUUGGUCAACCAAAAAUCCCCCAACUAAAAUCAUCAAAUUUUGGUAGUGCAUUACUUGAAAAUGACCCAAAUUUAUAUGAUCAAAGUGGAUCCCAAUUUUCUUCAAAAAGGCCACUUGCAAAUUUGUAUUGGAAUGAUCAAGAUGGAGCAGGUAGUAAUGAUAAUUCUCAUCAAUCAACAAAAAGGUUUUUGACGGACAAUAUGGAGGACGGGUUAAACAUGAAUGUACGAGCAGAUGAACAGAACGGAUCUAUUGUAAGUCUUCUCAGCCAACUUCCUCAAACUCCCUCACUUCAUCAGCAACAAGUUCUCGGCUCUCUUAGUGACGGAGUUUUUCGACAACCUUAUUCCGGGAUGAAUUGGUACUCUUAGACAUCAAAUCAAAUAUCAUAUUAUUAUUAUACCAUACAAACAUGUUUUAUUAUUACAGGAUCCUAACUAAUGAUUAUUGAUUAACCACGGUGUUAAAAUUAGAUUAGUGGGAUUGCUGGAUUUGGGUAUUGAGAUUUUUGUUCCUAGUAGCAACUCAAACAAGAUUUUUAGAUAAUUUUAUAGUUAGUGAAAAAAAAUUUUAGGCGAGGCCAUGUAUAUUUUUGUUUUUGUUUUUAAACUCUGUCUUUACUUUAUACUAUAUAGUAUAUAUAAAAAUACAUACAUCUCCAAGGUUUGUCUGUGAAUAGAGAUGCAUAGAAACAAAUCUUGUAAUCAUAUACAUAUUCUAUAUCUUAUUCGAAAAAAAAUAUUCUGCA